AAGGUGGCGGGCCCUUGCCAAUGUCCUCGGUCUACUAUAGCUUUCGUCAGGUCGCGCCCCUCCCAUUACGGUAUGCUGUGGGGCAUUAACUUCUGUCAGCCAGUCAAACGCUUCGAUCACCAUCACUGCCAACUUGCCAAGCCUGCGGCAAUGGCGGAUCCUGGUGCCACCCUGGUGGUCACAUCACGCCAUCUUGAUGCAGUGGUUACCAGCUUUGUAAAUAUUCAUAAGAGAUAAGGUGGAGGGCGCAAAACCCAUUUUCUACCUUCCGACACCAUGCAGACAGAGUAUUCUGAUGAUAUCGCAGCCGCGAGGAGUUUCCAAAGCUACAAAUACAUAUGCACGUCGAUAACCACAUUUUGGACUUAUGAUUAUGCUUGUUCACUUCACGAAGAGUGGACAUUCCUCCUCGGAUCGCGCUGGACCACGGUAAAGACCCUUUAUAUCGUUACACGAAUCAUGCCCUGUCUCCUCCUCGCUACGAAUCUAUAUCUGAACUUCACCCCGAUCGAAAACCUCAGUACAUGCCAGACCUUGGUCAAUGUUGAAUUAUCCGUCGGCAUAAUAUCAAUCAAUUGCUCUGAAUUCUUUUUCGUCCUCAGAACGUACGCGCUCUGGAACAACAAUAAAAUUGUGCUCGCAGUCAUGCUGACUGGCUUUCUUGCUCUCUUCAUAACAUCCUUCUGCACCGGCUUUACCGCUAAUGCUGCAGAUGUGACCAACGGGAUCCCGAGCAUCGCAGGUUGCUUGGUCAGUGUCGACCUCUUCAUCCCAUUUCUUCUCUUGUUUCUGUUUGAACUGGGACUCAUGUCUCUUACGCUCAUAUGUGCCAUUCGGAGCUGGCGGCUCAACAGCCCUCUGUACGCUGUCCUGGUGAAACAUAACAUAUUCUACUAUGCAUGUGGUAUAGUUUUCUCAGCCGUGAACGUCCUUGCGUCGGUGCUCCUCCAUUACCAAUACGAUGCCAUGUUCCAAGAUCUCCAGCUUAUCAUCCUCGCGAUCCUUGCCUUGCGCAUGCACCUCCACCUCUUUCAGAUCGGCAAGCACGUAUCCCCCGACUUUGACGCUCCCCGAGAGUCAACUCUCGAGUGUAUCCCUUUGCCUGUCAUUUCAUCUGAGAGCCAUAUGGUGUGAUGCAUUGUUGCGGCUCAUUCGACGUCGUUCAUUGCUUAGCCUUCCAAACAUACACAGCAUAUACUAUUUCAAGAUAGCGCGCCUGGGAUAUUUUUAAGUCAGCAUAGCUUGUCAACUACACUUAUAACGCAAAAUACAUACAAUGAGAUACAGAAUGGUCACGAGUGACCGGUGUUGCAUUUGUCACGAAUUAAUUGUAUUUUCAAGUUGUUCUUCUGAUGUGGGACUCGGCUCACCCAGACCAGUUCGACCUAUAAAAUCAUUCUUAGCGAGAUGGUAUUAAUGGCAAC